AUUGUUAUAUAUGCUGUAGGGUUUAAUAAUUACAUGCAGUGUGAAUACAAUCACGAAGAACCCCAGACAGAAACCAAUGCAGUUAUUUGAUCCUUUGGCAUCCGCUAUAUUUUGGCGCCUACGCUGGGACAGAAAAAUCACGAAUAGAAGUCAAGUAUAUCAAAUAUUGUCAAAAUGUCACCAAGGCUAAAUAAAACAAACGGCCAUAAUGACCACAUGUGGGUGAAGUAUCGAAAUAAAGACUUUAUGCUGGUCCAUCAACACAUGACAUGGAUGGAAGCUCAGAGUGUAUGUUAUUCACGUGGCGGCUUUCUUACAACUGUAUCAAAUUCUGAUGAAAUGAAAUUUAUCAAGUCAAUGACAAACGUAUAUCCUAACAGAGUUUGGUUGGGAGGGACAGACAUGUUUGCUGAAGGAAGGUGGGUUUGGAUAGAAAAUUUAGUGCCAAUAUCAUAUAACCACUGGUAUAUAAAUUCUCAUCAACCAAGUGGAGCAGCGGCGGAGAAUUGCUUGGUUUGGAUUUCCUAUAAUGGAUAUUUUUGGCAUGAUAUUUCCUGUAAGGAAAACUACAAAUUUGUUUGUCAGCGUUAUAGAAAGAAAAAAGAGCAGUGAACAGUGAGGAAAGAUUCUAUUACACGAUUCAAAUAAAAUACAAGAAUUACAUUG